GCUCAAAAUACGGUUUAUCGACCGUGCGAACAGCUGUUUCUCUCUCGAGGGGAAAAACCCUCCUCUCAGGCUAACCCGCAACUUUACAUCGUUUAUCGCCAGUACCGCUUGUGGGUGAGUGCUUCUAUUGUCUCGCUAGUCAGAAACUUCAUCGUACCCGCAGCAAAAGCUUUGCGUGCCGUUGUUAUUGUUCUCUUUCCGUCCUCGUCUUGCGCUUUCUCGUUGCGUUACUCGCCACGGUGACGGCGCCGCAUUUCAUAAGAGGCGCUGUCCGCCUUUCCCCUCCUUUUAUUAUUGUUCUGUAUAGAUCACAAUUCUGUUCUCUCCCCCCUUGCUUGAGUUAUUCGUGCUGUUCCACUUGCGGUUUUUCUGGUACGUGUUCUCCUUUUUGUCUCGCUUGAAGACGUUGUUGUCUUCGUUUGACGGUGCGGUUUUACUGUACCGUGCUCCAUCGCCUUUUUCUUUCUUCUUUGGUGCGUGCGUGUCUGCACCGUCACUGCGAGCUCAUUGCUCGGUUCUGACGGGGUGUGUUGUUGCUGGUUUUUUUGCGCAAGCGCAGCGGCACGGUGGUGCACGGAGUGCAAUCUUUUGAGAUUUCAAUCGAUUCAACUUUCUGAUUUGCUGUCCAUUUCGCUCGCUCAACCUUGUGCACCUUUGUUUCUCUUCCGCUUCAAGCUAGUUCUGUCUGCUUCGGGCAGCGAGUACGCAUCACCUCCUUUUUCAUUGCAAGAGCUCCUCACGCUCAUUGUACACCGCUAACAAGUUUGAGUGGCACCUCUACGUGUUUUUUUUUUUGCCUUCUGGCGUGCGUGAUCUCCCUCCAUACGUGUUCAUUUACACGCAACAGGAUAAUCGUAAAAGAGACAGAGCAGUGAAGUAACCAACAAAGGCAGCGAAGCACAAAAAACUGCAGUGAUGAACGCAUCUCCUCGAGAGCGGCCCACCAAUGGCGGCAGAGGGUCGUCCGUUGCGGACCACGUCGACGACGACGCAGGAAAACACAGCAAGAACUACGAAGACGGCCGCAUCACGGUCAGCGUGCGCGUGCGACCGCUGAACUCUCGUGAGUCGAAGUUCGCCACCGGCAGCUGCGUGGUGGCGCUGUCAGCGUACAACACGCUUUAUAUUUUUCCCACCAGUGAGACGGAGCGGGACCUCAAUGCGCUGGUUGCACGGGAUCCGCAAUUGCGUGGGGUGUCGCACCACCGCUUCACCUUCGAUCACGUGUACGCGACGGACGCCACGCAGGAGCAGGUGUACGAGCAGGUUGGUCACCCGGUCCUGCAGUCCAGCUUCCGCGGCUACCACACGUGUAUCUUUGCCUACGGGCAGACAGGCAGCGGUAAGAGCUAUUGCAUGAUGGGCGCUGAUGGCGGCCGUGCCCUCGACGACGCCCCAGGUAUCAUCCCUCGCCUCUGCAGAGAGCUGUUCGCCGAGGUCGCCACACGGCAAGCCGCGGCAGCCGACAGCAACGAGCAGGUGGAGUUCAGCGUGUACGUCAGCUACCUCGAAAUCUACCACGAGCAUGUGAGGUCUCUGUUGGACGAGUCAGCGGAUGCGAAGGUUGUCGCGCCAAAGGAGCCGUCGACGCCGCGCUCCACCGCCAACGCGCUGCGCCGCACCGCCGCAUCUUUCCCGUCUUCUUCCUUCGAUAACACGACCUACGGAAACCUGCGCGUGCGGGAGCAUCCCACUUUAGGCGUCUACGUCGAGGGUCUCGCGGAGAUCCCUGUGACGAGCGUCGAUCAGGUGCUGCUGCUAAUGGUGCGCGGCAACCACCGCCGGCACACCGCGUCGACACGCAUGAACGACACCUCCAGCCGCUCGCACGCGAUCUUCACCAUUCAGCUCAUCCAGAAAAAGCUCCACACCGUCCUUCCAGCCGGCGCCGAAGGUGGAGCUCUGCGUCGUGAAGGCGACGAUGACAGCCCUGCAAACAGCGAAGAUGCGCCUUCGAGUGUGACAGCAACGGCCGCCGCGUAUGUGGCCGCCGCCGCUGCCGCCUCCGCUGCCGUGACCGCGACGACGCAGCUCGGUGCGAAGAUCAAUCUGGUGGACCUGGCCGGCAGCGAGCGCGCGAAGGCGACGGGGGCGGAGGGCGACACCCUGAAAGAAGGCGCCCAAAUAAACAAAUCUCUCACCACGCUUGGAAUUGUGAUCAACGCCUUGGCUGCGCGGUCCACCUCGAAUGCCGUGGCAUCUCCUCAAACGAAGUCCAACAGCGCCACAGCGGCCGGCAAGCGCCACGUUCCGUAUCGCGACUCCAUUUUGACUUUCUUGUUGAAGGAGUCCCUGGGUGGCAAUAGCAAGACGUUCAUGAUUGCGACCGUCAGCCCCAGCACCGACAGCUAUGAUGAGUCCGUCAGCACACUGCGCUACGCGGACCGCGCCAAGGCGAUUGUCAUGCGUGCUUUCGUGAACGAGACGGCCGGUGACAAGCGAAUCCGCGAACUGGAAGAAGAAGUGACGCGGCUGCGCGAACGCAUCAAAGCCCUCCUAGACGCUGAAGCCAUGCGAUCUUCUAGCAUCCCUGCAGAAGCAUCGCCUUCUCUCGCGCUCAGCCCCUCGCUGCCUGCCUCGCAUACACCAAUGUGGGUGGCGGAGGGUGCGUCGCUUUCCUCGGCACAUCCUGUUGGCUCGGACGCGCACAGUGAUGCCUCCAACGGUGACUCUGGCGCAACCGAUUUGAACGGCGUCGCGGGGCACACCGCAGAGGACACGAAGGAAGAAGAGCACUCCGGCGAGGAUCGUGAAGGCGGAGAGAGAAAAGCAUUCUACGACGCCUCUCCAACCGCCUCCCUGCCAGCUGCGUCACCCACGGAACCACGUGAGGCUGUCGUCGACAUCCUUCAAGGCGAGCUGCGCCGCGCGGAGGAGAUGAUUCGGCAGAUGUCGCUCACUCAGGCCGAGCGCGACGCCCACAUCGCGAAACUGGUGGAGGAGCAGGAGAAGGAGCGAGCGGCGAUGCGUGCGGCGGCGGCGGCGGCAGCAGCGGCACGGCAGGAGGCGGAGAAGGCCGCCGCCGCCUUGUCACCGGUGCAAACUUCCACGAUGCGGCUGCACCGCGACGAGCCAUAUUUGCUAAAUAUGGAUGGCGCUGGAGACUGGGUGGUGGCGCACCUCGGCCCAGCGCAAACCUUCGUUGGCGUCUUUCAUCCACGGAAAGGAAAAAAGACAGCAUAUAAUGAAGACGACGCUGAUGAUGCAACGCCGAGAAGUCUCGCAGCGUCGUACGACUCCUCGCUCUCCCUCCCAUCCUCUGACGGUGCGGCGCCUCCGUCGGCAGCGGGCAGCGAUGAGCAGAAGGAGGCAGCAGAAACCGACAGCCACAGCAGCGGCUCGCCCACUUCAGCGGUGCGCUAUGUAAAGCUACCGCGGAAGUUCGGCGAUGGUGUUGGUAGCCCGCACUGCAUCCUCGAACGUGCUGCCGCCACUGGCACGACAGGCACUGUCACUUUACGCGGCUGCGCAGGUUUUGAAGUGGUUGUGUUCCGUCCUCUGUGCGCUGCUCCGUUUGUGGUGAGUGGUGCGGGCAAUGCAUUGGAGCUGCAAAGCGGCGAUGUGCUGGACAUCGGCAACGAACACAUUCAGCUGAAGUACAUCGACCCCAGUGUGCCACCUGUCACGGCGCGUGGGCGGCGCACCGUGGCGCUGCCGGUGGGUCGUGCGUUCCCGCACACCACCAGCGAGGCGGACGACACGGCAGAGAGCGAGCGAGGGGUGCGUUCGCUCUCCACCUCCCCAGCGUCGCAGGGGCGCUCCCGACACGAGAUGCAGGCGCGAAAGAUGCCCGCCUUGCCUCUGAAGAACCUUCACCCUCCUUCUGGUGGGAAGGACACAGACAGUGAGGGGGGAGAAGAGGAAAGAGAAGCGACCACGUUCACCCACAGCCCUGCAGAAAGUGACGAAGAGAGGGAAGACUCGGACGACUACAACACAGAGGAAGAGGAGGAAGGGACUGAAAGUGAAACAGACAGUGAGAUCUCGCCAAUGAACUCGCCAGCUGACGAGCCGAGAAGGUCCCUAGAGGUACCUGCACGACCUUUCAUUCCAGCUUUGGCGCUGGGCAAGGCGCUACCGAGCGUCUUUCCAAGUGCACCGCAGCCGCCGCAGCAGCACGUGGAUCCUGAUGCGGGAAACUCGCUGCACUACACCGACAGCACCACCGCAACUAUCACUACCACCAUUACGACCACAGCGGACGGCGGAGACGGUCGCGCCUCUUCUUCCUCCGUUACCUCCUCCGCCGAAGGGGCAGCCGGCGACGCGAACUUGCACGCCGCCACUUCCGGGCACACCAACAAAGUGCCGACCUUCUCGGAGUCAUCGACGACGGUCAGUACGAGUGCGUCGUCGCUGAAGUUCAAGUCGCGUAAGCCCAGCAAGCGCGCCGAGGAUGCCGCCGCCGCUGCUGCCGUUGGUCUCAUGUCGCGUGCGACUCCCCUCUUAUCAGAGAUGCACUCGAUGCGCACCAACGGAAUGCCGAGCACUUACCGCAGCGAACUGCCCGCCCAUUUCGUUGGUCGUUACAACCUAGUGCUGGUUGGCCCAUCCGGUGGUGGCAAAACAUCGAUUGUGAAUAACCUGGCGUUGCCGGACACGCCGUGGUUGCGCUCAGCCUUUUCCGCCUUCACGAGCGGCGGCAGCCGUGACGCUUCUGCGACUGCUGUUCACCCUACGAUCGGCAUCCAGUCCAAGCCACUCACCUGCGAUGGCCCCGUCCCCAUGUUGCUCCACACCCAUGAACUGGGCGGCACGCCGUGCUUCAGCCCGUUGCUUGAUCAGCUGCCCUCGCACCGCGUCACCUACCUCCUGUGCUUUCCUCUGCACAGUCUCACCUCUCUCAUGGCCCUCCGUGGUGUGGUGGAGGACAUCCUGUGCCGCACCGACAGCCAUACCGUGUCGCUCGUGUUGGUCGGCACCCACGCCGAUCGUAACGCUGCCGGCAAGGAGGAUGGCAGCUACCUUUCACGACUGUCCGCCGCACGGCAGGAGAUGCUGCAGCGGCAGUUGGAGGAGGUGGAGCAGCAGGUGGUGAGCCUCAUUCAGAUGCUGCAACUCCACCCGCAGCUGCGGCCGACCGUCGUGGGCCGCUUUGCCGUGGACAACGUGCACCGUAACAUCUACGCCGCCGGCUACCAGCCCGUGGAGGGCUUCCCGCAGUGGCUGCAGUGGCUCGCGGACGUGGCGCGAGACCGGUGCCGGUCAGACGUGGACUUCGCGAACGGUCUUGUCCCGGCCCGCUGCUUGGAGUUGGGACGUCAAGUCAGUCUGCUGCGACUGCACGGGAAGUGGUGCGUCUCCCUCCGCGACUUCAAGACGCUCGCCGCCGCCGUCAGCUCCCAAUACAAAGCCGACGCAGGGGAGCCGACACGGAGAGCUUCGCAGCUCACCCCGGCGGCACGUGAUGCCCUGCGCAACCACGUCCAGCUCUUGGCGGAUUGGGGUGUGCUGCUACAUCGCUAUCGCAGCCUGCCGCUACGGCAGCACAUUAUCCUUGACGUGAAGUGGCUCUCGCGGCUGCUGGCGGCGUUGGCGUGCUGCCCCCUCAUCGCCGCGGCGGAGUCGGACGGACUCAGCAAGGAGGAGGCGGCGACGAUGGUGGACAUAGUGGGCGAGGGGGGCGUGCUGUCGCUGUCACGGAAGGAGGCGGCGCUGCGCACGCUGCUCACCCCGGAAGCGGAGCGGGUGGUGGACAUGGUGAAGGUGGCCACGACCGACACGCCGCACCUACUCCGCCUUGGGGUGCUCUCUAUACCGGUGCUGAUUGCGAUGCUGGAGCCGCACUUUAAGCGAGGCGACGGGGCCGAGGCUGCGGGGAGGGAUGUGGCGGUCGGUUACGUGAUGGACAAUACGAGUGCGCGGCAGCAGCAUUCUACGCCCUUUAACGGGUUGCGUGAGGGUGAUGGUGGCCGCAUUCGUAAUGACCUCCCCCGUUAUGCCGUCCCGCUUGCCGGCGUGGUGGAGUUGCUUGUCUUGCUCGAUUUGAUCAUUGUAGGGAGCAAGCUGUCCUUCAGCCCGUCACCACCAGCACAGCAAUCCGCCAAACCACCACAAGGCACAAGCCCGUUUUCCAGCGCAGUGGGUGCUUUACGCGACGCAUCUGGUGCAACCACCCCUGCCGAGAGCAUAGGCGCAAAAAGGACGCCAGACACGGAGGAGGAGGAGGCAGCGGACGACGUGGCGAAGGAGUCGUUUGUGCUCUAUCCGCUCAGUUUCCGCACCCCGGCGUCGGCGGGUGUGACGUGGCUGUUCCCGUGCUUUCUCUCCGGCCCGUUCUACGUGUUUAAGCUGGACAUGGUGCCGCGCAACUUCUUUCCGAAGCUGCUGUGCCGCCUCGCCACCGUGGCGGACAAGAUCUACCUCGGCUCUGUGGAGGGAAAGCUGUGGGGCACGGCGACGCAGCGGUGGGCGAACGAUCCGACCCAGCCGCGGUCCACCGUCGGCAGGCGCAGCGGCUUGAGUGGCGGCAGUGGUGUCGCCUCCCCGGCGACUGCCAUUCCCACCGCCUCCGUUGCAGGCCCCUUCGAUUCCUACUUUCAGCACCGGGCAGGGUCGCCGUUUGUGCUGCCCAGCUUCUCGCCCUACCUCGUCAACACCACCUCCGAUGGACGGCUGCGGCGUCGGGACGGGUUUUGGUUCGACGCGGCAUGGCUCGUGUACAACGGCGACACCGGCGCAACCGCAAGCGCUGAUGAAGAAGGGAAACGGGCUGACCGGUGCCGGGUGCUGGUGCGGCUGGUGCACCACAGCGUCUUCCUGUCCUUUCACUGCCACAGUGUGGCGGCGCCCGCCUCUGCGCUGUCCUUCUCGGCAGCAGUGUGUGGGGGCGAUACCGCCAGUGCCGGUGUGCAGGACUUCUACGAGGCCGUGCUGGAGGCGGUGCGCUACGUCGUAGAGGAAUUCCCGGGUGGCAAGUGUGUGGAGUCGAUGCAGUGCUGCGUGGACUCGGCGACGCUUCUUCAGUCGGCACAGCAGCAUCCUGCGAUGCAGUCCGAUCAAGACGCCGCGGCGCAGGAGCGGCACAUGCGGUUCGCUAACAUAAGCGAAAACAUCAACAACCUGGAACGGGUGUUGUCGAAGAGUGGGGCGGCGUUGCGCACCGCACGUACGGCACGCCGGCCCAACGUCUUGAUGCCCGGCGAACUGAGCCGGGCAGGCGCUGAGGACGAAGACGAAAGCACGUACGUUCCUCUCCUGCGCCACUUCAGCGAGACGCCGCCGCUCUCAAUACACGAGUGCAUUCGUCGGUGGAAGUCGGAGCAGCGCCUGUACAUCGCCCCUGAUGUGGAGGCGCACCUCACUGCGGCGCUGCACGACUUGGAGGAGUGCUACCAUGGUGAUGUGUCUGCUGUCUCGUCGGACAGCUGUGCCAAGCUGGAUUACCUGCUCGACGUACUCGCACGCGUGGACACGAUUUAG